AUGAGCGCGGCGCGGGCUGCGGCAGGUGCGCAGGCGCCUGAGGAGGAGCGGCGCUUCCUCAGCGCUGUGGAGGCGGCCGCCCUGGAGCGCGAGCUGCUGGAGGACUACCGCUUUGCGCGGCCGCAGCUGGCGGAGCUGUGUGGACAGGCCAGCGCGGUGGCCGUGACCAAGGUCUGGCCGCUGCCCGCGCUCUCCCGCAAGCAGAGGACCGUGCUGGUGGUGUGCGGCCCGGAGCACAACGGCGCGGUGGGGCUGGCCUGCGCCCGACACCUGCGGGUGUUUGUGAGUAGCGGGGACCCCGGCGGGUGGGGUGUGGGGGCGUCCGCCACGCUGACCGCCUACCCCCCAGGAGUACGAGCCCAGCGUCUUCUACCCCACGCGCUCGCCCGAGCCGCUGCACCGCGACCUGACCACUCAGUGCGAGAAGAUGGACAUCCCCUUCCUGUCCUACCUGCCGGCCGAGGUCCGGCUCAUCAACGACGCCUACGGGCUGGCGGUGGACGCCGUGCUGGGCCCAUGUGUGCAGCCGGCUGCCAUGGGGGCGCCCUGUGCGCGGGCGCUGGCGACGCUCAAGCUGCUGUCCAUCCCGGUCGUCAGCCUGGACAUCCCCUCAGGCUGGGACCCAGAGACAGGCGCGGCCGAGGACGGGCUGCGCCCCGACGUGCUGGUGUCGCUGGCGGCCCCCAAGCGCUGCGCCCGCGGCUUCUCGGGACGACACCACUUCGUGGCCGGCAGGUUCGUCCCCGACGACGUGCGGCGCAAGUUCGCGCUGCGCCUGCCCCGCUACGCCGGCACCGAGUGCGUGGCCCCCCUGUCCCCCCAAUAAACUAAAGGC